AUGCGCGGGCCCGGGCCCCGCUUCCUCCAGGAGGCGCCCGUGAGCUGCCCCUUGCAGGGGCUGAAAAGAGGCGUCUGCGUGAAGAUCAACCAUUUUCCGGAGGACACUGACUACGACCAUGACAGCGCGGAGUAUCUGCUCCGAGUAGUCCGGGCCUCCAGCAUCUUCCCCAUCCUCAGCGCCAUCCUGCUGCUGCUGGGGGGCGUGUGCGUGGCGGCCUCCCGGGUCUACAAGUCCAAGAGGAACAUCAUUCUGGGCGCAGGAAUCCUGUUCGUGGCAGCAGAAGCCAACUGCACCUAUUUUAAAUUCUUCACCACGGGGGAGAAUGCGCACAUCUUCCAGAGAACCACAAAGAAAGAGCUGAAUCUGGCGGCUGCGGUGAUAGCGGUGCUGGGCCUGACGGUCAUGGCCCUGGGGUGCCUCUGCAUCAUCAUGGUGCUCAGCAAGGGCGCCGAGUUCCUGGUCCGAGUUGGAGCGGUCUGCUUCGGCCUCUCGGGCCUGCUGCUCCUGGUCAGCGUGGAGGUGUUCCGGCACUCCGUGCGAGCCCUGCUGCAGACGGCCAGCCCCGAGCCCCCCCCGGCGCCCGCCCUGACCUAUGAGUACUCCUGGUCGCUGGGCUGCUGCGUGGGUGCCAGCCUGGUCCUGCUGCUGGUGGGCAGCUGCUUCCUCCUGCUCACGCUGCCGCCCUGGCCCUGGGGCUCACUCUGUCCCAAGCAGGGCCACAGGGCCCCCUAGAGGCACCAUUGUGCUUCCUCUAAGCUCCUUCCAAAGCCGCCUUCUUUAUCCCCUGUCCCCUCAAAACCUUUUGCCCCAUGUCCUGGAGAGACUGUUCUCCUUGCUCCGGGGUCCACGUUGUUCGCACAGACCUGUGUCUCGUGCCCCGAUCUUUUCCCUCUGUAAAUACGUUUUCCUCGGUGGCUGAAUUUGGGUCGCUUGGGGAUGGGGUAGUGAGAGGCUUUUGGCCAACGAGGGUCCCCAGGGAAGGCUAGUGGGGACCUGAUGGGGUAACUAGGGAUGGGGGGAUGAGGUCAGGGGGUGUUGGGAGGGAGUUGGACUUACUCGUUUCUGAGAUCUGGAUGCAUUCAUUGUGGGGGGGCUUCUUUUGACAAAUCCAAAAUUUGGAGACAUAGGGGAGCGGGAGGGGAGGAUGUCUGGGCCUGACCUCACUGUGGUCCGUUUGGAAUUAAAGGUUUGGA